AUGGACACGUCGUUCGCUCACGUAACUGAAUUGGCAAAAACUAAAUAUCAUCGUAAAAGCGACAGGUACAUUAAUUAUGGAACUGCGGGAUUUAGGACCAAAGCUGCUGAUCUUACACAUAUUAUGUUCCGAAUGGGCCUCUUGGCUGUACUUCGCUCAAAAUACAAGAAAGCAACUAUUGGAGUGAUGAUUACUGCAUCUCACAACCCAGUAGAAGACAAUGGCAUUAAAUUGGUGGAUCCUAUGGGAGAGAUGCUGGCUGCUAACUGGGAACAUUAUGCUUCAGAGCUUGCCAAUGUCACAGAUUCUGAGGUUAAAACUGUCCUUAACAAGAUCAUCCAAGAAGCAACAAUUGACAUGAGUGAAAAAAGCAAUAUUUUCCUUGCCAGAGAUAACAGACCUUCAAGUGUGACGUUGGCUUCUGCUUUCCUCGAAGGAGUUAGUUGUUUCAAAAGUCAUUUUCAUGAUUUUGGUGAAAUGACAACUCCCAUGCUUCAUUACGUUGUUAGGUGUGAGAACACUCAGAAGAGGUAUGGGAAACCAACAGAGGAUGGCUAUUAUGAAAAGUUGGGAGAGGCUUUCCUUAAAUUACGUGGCUCUAAGCCUUCGUGUCCUGGUUUGUACAAACCUCGUCUUAUAUUAGAUGCAGCCAAUGGAGUAGGAGCAGAGAAAGUAUGUUUGCUCAAGCACCAUUUAAAUGAUGCCCUUGAUAUUGAAGUACUCAAUGAUGGUAGUGAUGGCAUUCUAAAUCAUGAGUGUGGUGCUGAUUUUGUGAAAACACGUCAAAAAUUACCAACAGGUCUACCAUUGAAGGUUGGUGAUCGUUAUGUGUCAUUUGAUGGAGAUGCUGACAGAAUAGUGUACUUUUAUAUUGACAAAAAUUCAAAGUUCCAUUUACUUGAUGGAGAUAAAAUUGCAUGCCUGGUUGCAAAGUAUUUGAAGGACUUGCUGAACACGUGUGAAUUAGAUUUGAAAUUGGGAAAUGUCCUCACAGCUUAUUCAAAUGGAAGUGCAAAAGAAUACAUUUCAAAAACCUUGGGUGUUGAUGUUGCCUGUACUCCAACAGGAGUGAAACAUUUGCACCAUAAGGCCACAGAAUAUGAUAUUGGCAUUUAUUUUGAAGCUAAUGGACAUGGAACUGUGAUAUUUAGUGGCCAUGCUGAAGAUGUAAUCUUAAAUACUGCCGGCAAUACUGAACUUCCCAUUGAGAAAAGGGUGGCUGCUCAAAAACUUUGUACUCUUGUUGAUCUCAUUAACCAGGCUGUAGGUGAUUCGAUCUCCGAUAUGUUGCUGAUUGAGACUAUUCUACAUUCCUUGGGAUGGGAUGUGGAGAAAUGGAGCAACAUUUACCAGGAUAGACCAUAUAGUCUUUGCCAAGUCAAGGUGAAAGACAAGUCAAUAUUCAAAACAACUUUUGAUGAACAAAGACUAAUCGAACCAAAAGAACUUCAAGAUGCAAUUGAUGAGCUAGUUGCCAAAUAUACAGAAGGACGGUCAUUUGUCAGGGCAUCUGGAACUGAAGAUAUUGUCAGGGUUUAUACCGAAGCCAAAAGUCUUGAUGAAGUGAAACAGCUCAGUUUUGCUGUCUGUGAAAAGGUGUAUGACAUUGGCCAUGGUGUUGGAGACAGGCCUGUGCGCUCUGCUUGA